GAGUCUACCAAUGCCUAAAGCGAGGAGGCGGGAUAAAAAAGCGAGGCCGAAGGUAGGCUGGCAGAUACGUUCGUUAGAUUACUCCUUUCUGCCCGUGGACGCCGCCGAGUAAGCAUCGUGAAAGUCUCCCCUCCCACCGCCGUCAUGUCUAAGUCAGAGUCUCCCAAAGAGCCUGAACAGCUGCGGAAGCUUUUCAUUGGAGGUUUGAGCUUUGAAACAACCGAUGAGAGUCUGAGGAGCCAUUUUGAGCAAUGGGGAACGCUUACGGACUGUGUGGUAAUGAGAGAUCCAAACACCAAGCGCUCCAGAGGCUUUGGGUUUGUCACCUAUGCCACUGUGGAAGAGGUGGAUGCAGCCAUGAAUGCAAGGCCACACAAGGUGGAUGGAAGAGUUGUGGAACCAAAGAGGGCUGUCUCGAGAGAAGAUUCUCAAAGACCUGGUGCCCACUUAACUGUGAAAAAGAUUUUUGUCGGUGGCAUUAAAGAAGACACUGAAGAACAUCAUCUAAGAGAUUAUUUUGAACAGUAUGGGAAAAUUGAAGUGAUUGAAAUCAUGACUGACCGAGGCAGUGGCAAAAAGAGAGGCUUUGCUUUUGUGACCUUUGAUGACCAUGACUCUGUAGACAAGAUUGUCAUUCAAAAAUACCAUACUGUGAACGGCCACAACUGUGAAGUAAGGAAAGCUUUAUCUAAGCAAGAGAUGGCUAGUGCUUCUUCCAGCCAAAGAGGUCGAAGUGGUUCUGGGAACUUCGGUGGUGGUCGUGGAGGUGGUUUUGGUGGGAAUGACAACUUUGGCCGUGGAGGAAACUUCAGUGGGCGAGGUGGCUUUGGCGGCAGUCGAGGUGGUGGUGGAUAUGGUGGCAGUGGGGAUGGCUAUAACGGAUUUGGUAACGAUGGUGGUUAUGGAGGAGGCGGCCCUGGUUACUCUGGAGGAAGCAGAGGCUAUGGAAGUGGUGGACAGGGUUAUGGAAACCAGGGCAGUGGCUAUGGCGGGAGUGGCAGCUAUGACAGCUAUAACAACGGAGGAGGCGGAGGCGGCUUUGGCGGUGGUAGUGGAAGCAACUUUGGAGGUGGUGGAAGCUAUAAUGAUUUUGGCAAUUACAACAAUCAAUCUUCAAAUUUUGGACCCAUGAAAGGAGGAAAUUUUGGAGGCAGAAGCUCUGGCCCCUAUGGUGGUGGAGGCCAAUACUUUGCCAAACCACGAAACCAAGGUGGCUAUGGCGGUUCCAGCAGCAGCAGUAGCUAUGGCAGUGGCAGAAGGUUUUAAUUACUGCCAGGAAACAAAGCUUAGCAGGAGAGGAGAGCCAGAGAAGUGACAGGGAAGCUACAGGUUACAACAGAUUUGUGAACUCAGCCAAGCACAGUGGUGGCAGGGCCUAGCUGCUACAAAGAAGACAUGUUUUAGACAAUACUCAUGUGUAUGGGCAAAAAACUCGAGGACUGUAUUUGUGACUAAUUGUAUAACAGGUUAUUUUAGUUUCUGUUCUGUGGAAAGUGUAAAGCAUUCCAACAAAGGGUUUUAAUGUAGAUUUUUUUUUUUGCACCCAUGCUGUUGAUUGCUAAAUGUAAUAGUCUGAUCAUGACGCUGAAUAAAUGUGUCUUUUUUUAAAUGUGCUGUGUAAAGUUAGUCUACUCUGAAGCCAUCUUGGUAAACUACCCCAACAGUGUGAAGUUAGAAUUCCAUCAGGGUGAUGCCAGGUUCCAUUUGAAAUUUAUUUGCAACCUGCUUGGGCACAGAAGCCGUUGUCUCCACAAACAUUGGUGUGGUUGAACUGACAGUUAAUGUGUUGUGACCUGGAGUUCACCGUUAAAAGGGUCACCCAAGCAAAGUCCUGGAGUUUAUUUGGUUAUUAAUAUGAUUGUUGGCACAUCCUAUGCAAUAUAUCUAAAUUGAAUUAUGGUAUCAGAUAAAAUUAUAGAUGGGAUUAAAGCUUGUGUAUCGUCCAUUAUCAUGUGUAAUCAAUAAACGAUUUAAUAUUCUCUUGAA